AACACACCACUCGUCGGUCGUCUCCUCUCCUCAGAUCCCAUCUCCACCACCAACACCUUUAAAGCUAUCUCCUCCGCGCUUUCGAGAAGCCUCUCGAUUCCUCUCCCUCUACCCUCUUCUCCCUCUCCUCUAGGGUUUCUCGAUCGCCGAUGGCGACCGUCGCUUUGAACCCUGUAGCCGCCGAGGAGAAGCUCGGGAAGCUACGCUCUGCUGUUGCUCAACUCGAUCAGAUCAGUGAAAAUGAGAAAAACGGGUUCAUCAGUCUCGUCGCUCGCUAUUUGAGUGGAGAGGCGGAGCAGAUCGAGUGGAGCAAGAUCCAGACUCCGACUGAUGAAGUCGUGGUGCCUUAUGAGGCCCUCGCACCUCCUCCGGAAGAUCUUGAAGCAACUAAGAAGCUUCUUGACAAGCUUGCCGUGCUGAAGCUCAAUGGAGGACUGGGGACGACAAUGGGAUGCACUGGACCGAAGUCUGUCAUCGAAGUUCGGAAUGGAUUCACAUUCCUUGACUUAAUUGUUAUUCAAAUAGAGUCUCUCAACAAGAAGUAUGGGUGCAAUGUCCCUUUGCUUUUGAUGAAUUCGUUCAAUACUCAUGAUGACACAUUGAAGAUUGUGGAGAAGUACACCAAUUCAAACAUCGAGAUUCAUACAUUCAAUCAGAGCCAGUACCCUCGUUUGGUUGUUGAGGACUUUAUUCCCUUGCCGAGCAAAGGGAAAGUCGGGAAGGAUGGCUGGUAUCCUCCUGGCCAUGGUGAUGUAUUCCCAUCAUUGAUGAAUAGUGGGAAGCUUGAAGCCUUACUAUCUAAGGGUAAGGAGUAUGUCUUCAUUGCAAACUCUGACAACUUGGGUGCCAUUGUCGACUUAAAAAUCUUAAACCAUUUGAUUAAUAACCAGAAUGAAUAUUGUAUGGAGGUUACUCCAAAAACUUUGGCUGAUGUUAAAGGUGGUACACUGAUCUCAUAUGAAGGAAGACUUCAGCUUUUGGAGAUUGCACAAGUUCCUGAUGCGCAUGUGAAUGAAUUCAAAUCAAUUGAGAAGUUCAAGAUUUUCAACACCAACAACCUAUGGGUGAACUUGAAGGCCAUCAAGAGGCUUGUUGAAGCUGAUGCUCUGAAAAUGGAGAUUAUUCCAAACCCCAAGGAAGUGGAUGGCGUGAAAGUUCUUCAAUUGGAAACAGCAGCUGGAGCAGCCAUUCGGUUCUUCGACAAUGCAAUUGGUGUUAAUGUUCCUCGAUCCCGCUUCCUCCCAGUGAAGGCAACGUCAGAUUUGCUUCUUGUGCAGUCCGAUCUUUAUACCUUGGUUGAUGGCUUUGUUAUCCGUAACAAAGCUAGGACAAACCCGUCAAAUCCCACAAUUGAACUGGGACCUGAGUUUAAGAAGGUUGGUGACUUCCUUAAACGCUUCAAGUCCAUCCCCAGCAUAGUUGAGCUCGAUAGUUUAAAGGUUUCUGGUGAUGUAUGGUUUGGUGCUCGCGUUGUCCUUAAGGGCAAGGUCGUCAUCGCUGCAAAACCCGGUGUGAAGCUCGAGAUCCCAGAUGGAGUCGUGCUUGAGAACAAGGAGAUCAACAGCCCGGAGGACAUCUAAGCAUAUGCUUGACCUUCUCCAGUUUUGUUUCAGUCAUGUUUCGCCCAGGUCUGAGGGUUUGUGUUAUCUCAUCUAUGCUCCAGGUUUUAUAUAUAAACAUGCCUGAGUAACCAUAAUAAUAAUAAUAUAUGUACUCUGUGCUCGCGCACCAUUUUUGUUUUGAGGCAUAUUUUUUUCUCUUAGUAGGAUUAGAAUAUAUGUCGUUGUAUGAAUAAUGAGAAGCACCCUACUUUUUAAGGAUCUAUUGAAGCAUUCAGGAUCAUAGGAAGGAGAAAGUAAUAUUUCAAUGGACGAACGCGUGUUGGUGUUAACCUUUUUACUUGGGUUAAGAUUCU